AUGGCUGUUCUACGGGUAAAGUUCACUAAAAGCCAGAGGGACAAGCUGGCUCAGGUGCUAUGGCUGCUGAAUUGGGUCUCUGUAGUGACAGGGAUCAUCCUCUUCAGCCUGGGCCUUUUUCUCAAAGUGGAGAUCAACAAGAGGAGGGAGCUAAUGGCCGAGAGGGCGAUUCACUCUGUGCCAAACAUGCUUAUUGCGGUGGGGCUGAUAGCUUGCAUAAUCAACUUUGUAGGAGGAAAGAUCUGCUAUGACUGCGCGGACACCAACAAGUUUUUGCGCUGGAAGCUGGUGAUGCUUCCUUACAUCAUUUGUACGUUCUUCUUCACCUUGUGUGUGCUGGUCGGAGCACUAAUGUGCUACAGUAUGCAUGGGGAACUGGAGGAAUCCCUGGCGCUGGGACUAAGCGAUGCAAUGCGCUACUAUAAGGACACAGAUACACCAGGCCGCUGCUUUCUAAAGCGCACCAUAGACCUGCUGCAGAUCCAGUUCCAGUGCUGUGGAAAUAAAGGCCAUAGAGACUGGUUCCAGAUCCAGUGGAUCAGCAAUCGCUACUUGGACAUGUCCAAACAAGAAGUGCUGGAUCGUUUACGCAGUAACGUAGAGGGAAAGUACCUGAUGGAUGGUGUACCUUUCAGCUGCUGUAAUGUCAACUCACCUCGACACUGCAUUCAGUAUCAACUCACCAACAACUCAGCACAUUUUAACUAUGACUACAAAACUGAGGACCUCAACUUAUGGAAGAGUGGCUGUCACCAGGCCUUGGUGGAGUACUACACCAACAUAAUGCACUCAAUUGGUCUUACGGUGCUUCUCAUCUGGCUCUUUGAGCUCUCCGUGCUUACUGGUGUACGUUACCUGCAAACAGCCCUGGAGAACGUCCUGCGACAAGGAGAUCCUGAGUCCGAAUCGGAUGGAUGGUUGUUGGAGAACAGCUUUGUAGAGACUGCACGUUCGAACUUCAACAUAAUCAAAAAUCUGGGAAAAUGCAACCAAGUCGACACAACAGUAAACGGAGACCCCAACAUUGACAAACCGUGUACAGCACACUAUGGCCCUGACAACGUACCUCCAAAGCAAACACCUGUGGCCAGUUAACUUGAUCCUAAUUUAUUUCUAUGUGCUUAAUCAAACUGAAAGGACUUAAUACAUUACCAACAACUUGGAAUGUUUCUCCAUUCUUCUGUAAUUGUCCCAUGAAUGUGGGAAGUUUUUUAACCUCUGAUGACAGGGACCACAGGCAAAUAGUUGAGCUCAUAUUUUCCAUUUGUAUUUAACUGGAUCUUCAGCGUGAAGACAUGUAACACUAACAGCAGAGAAAAGAUACUCUGAAAUAUGUCUGAACAGGAUGGUAAGAUUUUCACAUUAGAUUUAAUGAGACAUCAAGUACAAUACAACUUGUCCUGAGGCCUUGA